CUGAAAACAUGCUGGUGACUCUCUGUGCAAUCAUCACUUGUCUAACAUGUGUGAGUGGUGUGACGGUGCUGACACAGAAACCUCCUGUUUUAUCAGUGAGGAAAGGAGAGACAGCCACCAUGGACUGUAACUUGGGGACUGUUACUGACUAUGCUGCCAUUUGGUAUAAACAGAUUCCAGGAGGAGUUCCUCAGUAUGUGCUGUAUUUUUAUCAUAGCUCUAGUUCUCCAACCUAUGGCUCUGGGUUCUCUGCUCCAAAAUUCACAUCCACUCAUCAGUCAACAUCAGAUUAUCGUUUGAUCAUCAAGAAUGUGGAGGAGAGAGACUCUGCAGUCUAUUACUGUGUGAGUGGUGUGACUGUGGUGACACAGAAACCUCCUGUUGUAUCAGUGAGGAAAGGAGAGACAGCCACCAUGGACUGUAACCUGGGAACUGACAGUGAUGCUGCUUGGUAUAAACAGACUCCAGGAGGAGUUCCUCAGUUUGUGCUGGAUUUUUAUCAUAGUGAUAGUUCACCAACCUAUGGUUCUGGGUUCUCUGCUCCAAAAUUCACAUCCACUCAUCAGUCAACAACAGAUUAUCGUUUGAUCAUCAAGAAUGUGGAGGAGAGAGACUCUGCAGUCUAUUACUGUGAGACAUGGGAUGAUUCUGCUAAAGAGGAUGUAUUCGGACAAGGCACCAAGCUGAUUGUGACAAGCUCCAGCCUCCCUCCUCCUGUCCUGACAGUCUUCCCUCCAUCCAGUGCUGAGCUCCAGUCCAGCACAGCUUCUCUGGUCUGUCUGUCCAGUCAGUCUGUGCCUUUUGCAGAUGUGAGCUGGUUGGCUGGUGGGAGUCCAGUGAGCAGUGGGAUCUCUACCAGCACUGCUGUUCAGAGACCAGACCAGACUUACCAAAUCAGCAGCUCUCUGACCAUCCAGACAUCAGACUGGAACAUGGAUAAGGUUUAUACAUGUAAAGUGUCUUUGGGCUCGCAGACUUCAGAGAAAACCAUCAAGAAGUCAGAAUGUCCCACUGAAUAGUCGAGGACCAGAAAGUGCAUUUAAAAUCUGCUUCUUUACUGCUUGUGCUGUUUGCUCAUUACAGUCUUUACAUGUUAGAAAUCAGAAUAAAGCAAAAGGUUUAAGUCAUGUAUUCAUUUGCUGAUUGUUAUUUUCAGGAAUUCAUGUUUUGCACUAAAUUAAUAAAAGCAUUGUUUUA